AAAAAGAUGCCGCAGCCCCUCUUCGCCUUCGAGGUCGGCAAGUCGCAGCUCAAGGCCUUCUCGGGCGCGGUGAGCGCGCUGGCCGACGUGGGCAGGGAGCUCGAGCUCGUGGUGUUCACGCAGGACGACGGCGAGCCGGCGGUGUCGCUGCUGGCCAAGGACGACGGCGACACGGUCUUCGGGACUUGUAUCUUUGAAAGACGCUUCUUCUCGCGCGUGGCCGUCGACGCGACGCUCACGGUCGCCACGCCCUUCGCCGGCAAGCUCGUGGCCAAGGCGCUCUUCCCCGCGCUGCGCCGCGCGGCGGCGCGCAGCCACGCCGGCCGCGCCGCGGACGGACGCAGCCCGCCGGCCGAGCGCGCGGGCGCGGGCGUCGCGUCGUUGAUCAUCAAGCACGACGAGCCCGCCGGCGCCGGCUCGGACGACGACGCCGAGGACGACCGGACCGCGCCCCGCAUUGUGGUCGAGACGCGGCACGACGACGGCAGCCGGAGAAGGUGGCGCCUCUUCUACGACAGCUCCGAGGGCCAGACGAACACCUUUGAGGUGAACGCCGCCGACGUCGGCGAAAUCACCGCGCAGCCGCCGCAGUUCGCGGAACUCCUCGCGCACUGCGCGGCGAACGGCGAGGUCACCUUCACGCCGACGCCGGCCGCUUUAGAAGUGCAGUGCCGCACCGACGGCGGCCGCGACGACGACGACGUCGUGUCGGAGCUUAGCAUUCAAGCGGCGGACUUCGAACAGUACGUGCUGCCGGACGGCGCGCGCGGCGAUUCCAGGGAUGCCAUCGCGUUUCAAGCCAGGCAGCCCAAGGCCCUCGUGAAGUGGUGCGACGCGGCCGACGUCCUCGCCGUGAACUUCUACUUCGGGCGGCUGCCCAAGCCGGUCUGCCUCAUGGCCCACGCGCCGGCCGGCGCGAACCUGCGCAUCGUCGCGUCGACGCACGUCCCGCCCCGCGAGGGCGACGCGCCGGCCGCGCCGGCGCCGGCGCCGGCGGCGCGGGCGCCGCCCCGCCGCGACGCGUACGCCGACGCGCGGCUGGCGCCGACGGGCCUGCACCGCAAACGGAAGCAUUCGGCGGACGUCCCGCCGACGAUCCCCUGA